AUGGGUGAACAAGGAAAAUUACUCCGGAGUGAACGUGGAGGAUACAUCCUAUCAUAUAAUGGUUACUUGUAUAAUAAGCACGGUGAGAACAAAGAUGGAAGCCGUACUUAUUGGAUUUGCCGCAAAAAACCUGCGUGCAAGAAAAGAGCAAUCACCAGCAGCCCCCAAGAAAAUUCGGACACCGUAGAUAUUUUCAAGUUUGUGGAUCACCCUUCACAUCUUCCCGCUCCCGAGGAGGCCGAGGCUGUUGGCGCCUACAACCAGCUGAAGCGGAAAGCUGCAGAACAUCCAAAUGCUCCCCCUGCUCAGAUACUACGCGAGGGGAUGCCUGAGAUCCCGCAGGGUGCUCUAUUUCAUCUCCCUGAGCGGCGUUCGAUGAAGAGGACCUUCAAUCGACUCCGCAAUGCUGCUGCGAAUUUGCCAGUAAACCCCAAGAGUUUGGAAGACGUCGGCGAAAUACCUGCCGACUACACCAUCACUCGCGGAAGAAAGCAGUUCCUGAUCUUCGACUCCUACUUCGACGAGGACGACGAGGACGACGAAGACGAAGACGUAGAAGAACGGGACAGAAGAAGGCGGCAGAACAGAAUUUUGAUUUUUGCAUCCAAAGAUCACCUUCGGAAACUUGCAGCGUCAAGUGUGUGGCACCUAGAUGGCACUUUCGACACCCCUCCAGAAAUUUUUGCACAAAUUCUGACUAUGCAUGGAGAGUACCAUAAUGAGACACUUCCAUUAGUUUAUGCUCUACUCCCCAACAAGACCCAAGACACCUACCAUCGAGCCAUCGACGCCGUGAUCGACGCAUGUGAGCGGUACCGAUUGCGCCGCCCUGCUCCACGCACUGUCAUCACCGACAUGGAGAAAGGCCUGAUGAACGCAGUCCAAGCCCUCUUCCCCGCCACCGAGCUCCGCCUCUGUCUCUUCCACUUGCGGCAGGCAGCAUUCCGCAAAAUACAAAGUCUCGGCCUGCAACCCGCCUACCAAGAUGACAACAAUGACACGGUGAGGACGUCAUUCCGUGAGGUGGUGGGUCUCGCUUUCGUUCCCACGGAAGAUGUCGAGGAAGCCUUCAAUGAGGCAAAGGCUGCGGCGCCGAGGUCGAUGCGAGACUUCGUCAAGUACUUCGAAGAGACCUACGUACUUGGGAAGCGCGCGCGCAAUCGACGCCAGCGCCGGCCACCCCGCUACUUGCCUGCGCUGUGGAACCAGCACCAAGCUGCCCGAGACAACGAGCCGAGGACCAACAACCAGACUGAGGGUUGGCACAAUCGAUUUCAGUUGGUUGUGGGCAAGAGCCACCCCACACUAUACAAGAUAAUCGACGAGUUCAAGAAAGAAGAGGCCGACACUCGGGUCAUGCUGAACGAGAUUGAUGCCGGCCGCAGCAUCAAACCACCUCAGCGACUGAAGUACAAGCGGAUCAACGAG